UAUUUGAUUCAGUUCUAAACAAGUUUUUUUUUAGUUUCAGGUUCAGGUCGGGAAGAAAAGGGCUACUAUUCUUAGCGUUGGUUCUCCGCCAUCCUACGAUACUCCACCCGCUUCUGCGCAACAAAGUAUUGAUGUAUCGUCAUCAGUCACCACAGAAAUGACAGACACCAGCCAGACACCAACUUCUGCCACAUCAAACCAGACUUCCUCUAACAAGCCGGAUUAUAACGAACAAUCUAUUGAAGGACCAGCCACGCCCUCCACACACACGGAACCAGAAAAUGGUAACACACCAGUCACUGAAACAGAAACAUCGAGACCGGCGUCUCUGACACGUACUCCAUUUCGACCAGUCCGUCCGGUGCAGCCUUCUCCGCAAAUGAACCAAACUUUGACUUUGUUGAAUGUGCUUACAGAUCAAGUGCGAGACCUAUCAAAGGAAGUAAUUGAGAGUAAAAAGGGACAGGCCGCGUACAAUAAAAGAUUAACAGAUAUUGAAGCUACUCAGGCAGUGAUUAUGAGUAAACUUGAUAUUUUGAUUAAUCAAAAGCAACUCCAGUCUUCACCUGUAGAGAACUGUGCCUCGCAUGACACCGAGGAAGCUCCUGAUAUUGAUGACCAGUAUGUGUUAAGUGAGUCGCUGUUAAGAACUCUAAGACAUGAAGCAAACAACGCGCAGCAUUUCGCAUGUUUACUCCUUCCGCAUGUAUUUCCAGAGCUGUUCAGUGUAGACAAAUUACGUGUAUUCUAUAACUGGAGUGGGAAUGCUCACGGGAAGCAAGAGUUGGAUCCAGCCAGAAAAGCUGUGGUUAAGAAAUAUACAAACCUUUACUAUCCAGAAACAAAAAAUCCUACAUGUUGGGUCCAGGUUGUUACACGUGUCAAUGAACGUCUAAGAAGAAAGGACAAACUACCGAAAGUUCAACGCCAAACUGAAAAUGAAGGAGCCCAAGAUUUCCAAACUCUUGAGAACAUUCGACCCCUGUCUGACUUGGGUGUCAGUUUCACCCGGUACUUGAACUCUGUGUGAAAUACAAUGCCUUUAUAAAAGAGAAAACUAUAACCAGCUCAUCAAAUGUUGCAUUUACCAACAGAUUGUACGUUAAGUAGUAAAAAAUCUUCGGCAUGUGUCACGCAAUUUGACAUUCUUACAUAAACUGAAGUAAUACUGUUUUAUGUUUUAGCAUGUUUACUGUGCAAGUAUUUUAUCAUGAUUAUUACAACUAAAUGAAAGUAAUUAUAUACAUGAAAACGUUUUGAUUGUGUUCAGGAUUUAAUUUACA